AUGGCCAGCAGCAGCUUGUCGACUUCCGUGUAUUUCAGCAGCAGCUGUGCAGAAACCUGCAGCGAAACUCUCCACGGUACGCCGCGCUGCUUCUGCAUUUUGCUGCAGCCUUCUGCAGCAGCAGCACUUUCAGUUUAUUCACAAGAAGAAAGCCUCGAUUCUCGCGUUGCGGCUCGGCGCGGGCGGCCAGAAGUUGAAUUUGCUGCUGCUGCUGCUGCUGCUGCUGCUGCUGCUGCUGCUGCUGCUGCUGCUGAAUCUGCUGCCGCCAGCUGCGAAAGCGAGUCCCCCAGCAGCAGCCCCGUGGCGUCUUCAACUCACCUCACAGCAGACGGCACUCUCUUGACCUUUUAUGAGCCCCCCAGCCCCAAAAGGCCGUGCGGAAUGCAUGCAGCGUCUGCUGCUGCAGCAGCGUUUGCUGCUGCUGCAGCGCCUGCUGCUGCAGCAGAGCAGCGCGGCUGCAGAGAGCCCUCGCAGCUAAACAGCCCAAUAGACACUUCCUCGGGCCUGCUUUCUGCAGCAGAAGAUUCUUCUUCAGCAGCAGCAGCAGCAGCAGCAGCAGUUUGUCUCUACUUCGACAGCAGCACGCGGCUCUGGGGCGUCGGCACGCACGACGCCGACGGCAGCAUCCAGCUGGAGCUGGUGGAGGACUCCGGCGCCGCUUUCUUGACUGCUGCUGCGCUGCAGCAGCUGCAGCGCAGCAGCAGCAGCAGCAGCAGCAGCAGCAGCAGCAGCAGCUACUGCUGCGAAGGCUCCGCCCUUCUGCUGCAGGCGCAGCCGCAGCUGCUGCUGCCCCACAGGGCCCGCGUCAGCCGUCUGCUGCUGCCGGGAGUUUACAUCAGCAGCAAAGCUGUGGAGGGCCUCGAGCUCUUGAGCAGCAGCAGCAGCAGCAGCAGCAGCAGCAGCAGCAGCGGCCGCCGCAGCAGCCUUUUCCAAAUGCUGCAGCCCUUCACCUCCACUGCAGCAGGCGCCAGGCUGCUGCUGCUGCUGCUGGCGAUCUUAGCUCUGCUGCUGCAGCUGCUGCGCGCGAACAUCCGAAGGCCGCUGGACAGCGAGGAGGAGAUUCAACAGCGGCUGAAUGCAGUGGAGCUCUUAAUGCCGCAGCAGCACUCCUGCGCGCGGCUGAAAGCUGCGCUGCAGGGCUCAGCGCCCGCGAAGGCGGAGCAGCAAACGGCCGACAGACUCCACGCCGCUGCCAAACUCCUCAAAGAACUCCGCACUUGUCUUUCAAUUCGUUCAAUUUUGUCGGAGUGA